GCAAAAGACGUGUUGUUGCAAGCUGUAAUUGGCAGACCAUCUAUCUCAUCAAUAAUAUCUAAAUAGCUACGUACGUACGUACAGCAGCAGUUUAGAAAAAAUUGAUGACCAUUCACUUUGCUUCGACUUCUCUUCACUUCAGGCUUCAGCUGUAUUUUGUGAAUUGUGUAACCCAAGACCAACUAGACAAAAGGUCUUUUGAACUACCUCCUGUCCUGCUGCACCAAAGCUCAUCUCUUGCCCGUUAUAACAACAGGUGAUCCCAGUGCCUGACCUUUCACCUAGGACCCCUACGCCUUUGACCCUGCAAGCGACCUCACCCACACGAUGAAGCUCGAGAAAUCGCCCAGCUCAGCGAGCCUUACGAACGGGGAUGCCGCAGAUAAGCCCAGUACCUACCACUCCUGGUUGCACAGCAGAGGGGUGUGGUUCUCUUACAUUGUGGGCGUGUACGGCAUGCACCUUUUCCUUCUCAGUUUGCCUUUCUUCAGUGUCAGCACAGUGUGGACACUGACAACUGUGGUACACAGUGUGGUGACAUACUUCUUUUUCCACCAUGUGAAAGGGUCCAUCUGGGCAGACAGCCAAGGCAGCGAGAGAUAUCAGACGCAAUGGGAACAGAUAGACAACGGAGAGCAGUUCACAUCAACACGAAAGCUUCUCACCUUGGUUCCUGUUCUCUUAUUCUUCUUGGCAAGUUUUUACACAAAGUAUGGCUACUACCAUUUCUUGAUAAACUGUGCAGCCUUGCUUCUCGGAGUCGUCCCCAAGCUCCCCAUGUUUCACGGCUUCAGGUUGUUCGGAAUCAACAAGUACUGAAGCUAGUAACCACUUCCAUCCCACUUCUGCAUUCUCUAUGGUGUCCUUGAGAGAGCGAUGGUAAAUGAAAAGACUUUAGGAGGCAGUCCUACAGGAGAGGGUGAUAUAUACUGAUCUCGGUAGAAGUUUGAGGAUGAUCACAGACUGUUUUUUAAACUACAAUCUUUCCACAGCCUUUUAAUGAAUAACAAAUCGUUAUUUGUACGCUUCAGGUAAUGUGUAUAGAUCUCUGAUUUUGUAGGUCAUAUGUUUGGUGUACGGUAUAGUGAAUGGAUCGACUGUGAAACUCACCCAACAGUAUUGUGCUGGUUCUGAAUUGAAGCUUUACAUGGAGGGAAAAGCUGAUGAAAUUCAACAAUUUAUGGAGUGGUUCAAAUGAUGUAUCGCUCAUGGAUACGGAAACCUUUGAAAUAUAAACUGUGUAAACAAUAAUAAUUACUGAGUCGGA